UCCCUCUCUCUCUCUCUCUCUCUGGCCAUGGCUAUACUCUCUGAUUACGAAGAAGAAAAAGUUCACAAGCCGACGACGAAACCCUCAUCAUCGUCGGCAACAACUAAGCCAUUUAGCGCCGUUCUUGACCCAUCAAACGCACUAGGGUUUCUUGAAAGGGCUUUUGAGUUCCUAGCUCGUGAAAGCGAUCUUUUUAAGAGUGAUUCGGUGGUUACGGAUGUGAAUGCGCUGCUUCGUACAGUCAAGGAGAAGGUGGAGGCUCAGGAGAGGAAGGAAAAAGAGAAAAUUGAGGGGAAUGUCAAGGCUGAGAGAAAAGUCAAGGUGGAGGCCGCGCCACCGGUGGGGGUGAAGGUGCCAAAGGAGGAGGAUGCCAGGAUGACUGACGCGAAGGAUGACGAGAAGAAAGCGCAUCGAGCUCCCAAUAAGGGCAAUGGCCUUGAUCUGGAGAAGUAUUCUUGGGGCCAAUCUCUGCAAGAGGUCACUGUUAAUGUCCUUGUACCUUCUGGAACAAAAUCGAGGUUUGUUGUAUGUGAAAUAAAAAAGAACCAUCUUAAAGUUGGUCUCAAGGGUCAGCCUCCAAUAAUUGAUGGGGAGUUCUUUAAACCUGUCAAGCCUGAUGAUUGCUAUUGGAGCCUAGAGGAUCAAAAAACUAUCUCUGUUCUUCUGACUAAGCAGGACCAAAUGGAAUGGUGGAAGUGUUUGGUGAAGGGGGAUCCUGAAGUUGAUACUCAAAAAGUAGAACCUGAGAGCAGCAAGCUAGCUGAUCUGGACCCCGAAACCCGAUCAACUGUGGAGAAAAUGAUGUUUGACCAGCGACAAAAGUCUAUGGGCCUACCAACCAGUGAUGAGAUGCAGAAACAAGAUAUUUUGAAGAAAUUCAUGGCCGAGCAUCCGGAGAUGGACUUUUCAAGGGCAAAGAUGGGCUGAUGGAGGCUUUUUCUCCGUUGCAGUGGUGUUCAUCAGGUGCUGUUUUUGGAUCUCAUUUUUUGGUCCCUUCUUGGGAAGAUGGCCAAUCGUCUUUGGUCAAACUUUUAUCAAUAUGAGCGCACUUGCAAUUUCGUAGUUGAAUGUAUAUAUUUUGCUGGAGGGUGGUUCUCAGCGUGGCAGUAAAGUGGUUUUAUUAUAUUAUAACACAAAUGAUUCAAGUUGCAAAAUCAGGAGUCUUUACAUGCGGGGUAAAAUUGCAUACAUCUGAUGCUGACUAAAUGUAAUAGUGGGAGGCUUGUGCAUCAGGUGGACAUUUAAUAUAUACUUUGUUGCUUUAUAUCGUGACCGAAUUUAUCAUAUUAUUAAUUGAAUUUUGUUACUAUUUUGUUUUGAUUUUCCAUCAUGUUGUUUUUUAUGCCUACUGCUUUGGAGUUUCCAAAAUACCUGUACAUAUCACUUUUGGUUUCUGGAGGUUAUAGGCGAUAAUGGGGUGGCGUUUUGGUGGAACCGCCAGACAGGCUUCGUAGGUCGAAGAGUGUCUCCGGAGGAAUGGCUGUUUGCUGAACACAAUUGUCAGGGAAGCUACGUCCCAUAAAAGUCCAUCGAGGAAGUAUCGGAUGUAGACAACAAUUGACGUAUGAAUCUCAUGUCUUAAGAUUGCUUUCUCGGAUUUACUUUGUUGAUAUUGUUGUUGGAGGAAAGACCACUCCAACCACAGGGAAUCAAAUAGGUGGUUUUCGUUUCAUGGUGUAAAACGCAAAUCCUCUGACGAUCUCUAUAUUCUGAAUGAGUUGAAGGGUGAAGCAAAACUAACCUGUUUGUUGGGUGGAGGGCUAGAUUAUUCUGGCAUGUUUGGAUGGUUUUUU